CGGUAAGGGUCGUGACGGUUUGAGAACCGGACCAAGAGGCCCCGCUCGGAUAGACUCGGCUCUCGCAGUCGGCCCUGUUCGGACGGGCUCGGCUCUCUUCGGCGACCCCUGUCGGAUGGACUCGGAUAGGCUCGGGUUUCUCCGGCGGCCCUGUUCGGUACUGCGUUCGGUAAGGGUCGUGAGGGUUUGACAGCCGGACCAAGAGGCCCGGGAGCGCCUGGACUCUUGACGCUGGACCCGGAGCGGCAAGAGGUACCUCGUGUUUGAAUGUAAACUAUGGAUGAAGAUCAGGAUGACCCGGUUAAUAAAAGCACAGCGCUGGGAAAAACACGAAGGAAGCGGGAAAUCUUUAGCAUUUUCAGCGAUGAAGAGGAAUCAAGUAGUGAAGAUGAUGAUGACAUGGACGAGGGCGAUACAGAUGAUGAUGAUGAUGGAGAAGGUGCAGAAGAUUAUGACCUUGAGGAUGAAGAUGAUGACGAUGAAGAGGAAGAUGAAGAGGAGGAGGAAGAUGAUGAGGCUGAUGGUGCGGAUGAAGGAGUGGACGCUGAGAAAUCUGGCACUGCAGAGAAGUGGGCAAGUGGCUCUGACGAGGAGAGUGAGAAUUGCCCAAUCUGUCUCAAUGCUUUCCGGGAUCAGGCUAUCGGAACUCCAGAGAGCUGUGUGCAUUACUUCUGCCUGGAUUGCAUCCUCGAAUGGGCGAAGAAUGCCAAUUCAUGCCCCGUGGAUCGAAUAACUUUCAAGCACAUCUGUGUUCGUACUCAUUUUGGGGGGGCAGUUUUAAAGAAGCUUCCAGUGCAGAACGCGAACCAAGACAAUGAAGAGGAGCAGGAGGACGUGACAAAUUGUGAGGUGUGUGGACGAAGUGACCGGGAAGAUAGCCUUCUCCUCUGUGAUGGUUGUGAUGCGGGGUAUCACCUGGACUGUCUCACUCCUGCCCUUCGCACUGUCCCAGUAGAAGAAUGGUUUUGUCCGGAAUGUGCUCUGAACAAUCCCAUGGCUGCUGAUGAAGAGAUCGAUGAUGAGGAGCUUGCAUUCCUCGUUGCUGAUGCACCUCAAGAGCCCACCACCUCCCGGUUACGUCCAACGGCCAGAAGAACGAGGGCCAUAGCGCGGACUCGUCAGAGUGAGCGGGUCCGAGCAAAUGUGAACAGGAGUCGGAUCACCCGUGCGCAUCAGAUCAGGGACGUUCCACAGUACCUGAUGAAUGCAAGCUUGCUGGAUGAAACCAUCGAGAGUGUUGUUGCUGGCUUAAAUACGGCUGUAUACCACCGGCCCCUCACCCCUCGAGUUCGAAGCACAAAGAAACGUAGGAAAAGGACAGGUAAAAAAAGGAAAAGAACUGGAACACAAAAAUCUCGCAGUAAGACCGGAACUAAGAUCAGUGAAAAGACCACGAGAAAACGCAGGAGAAAGGCGAGGAGAAAGAAAGGCACAAAGAAAGUGGUAAAGCCGGGCAUCACCGUGCACUCACGCAUUGCAAAGAGCCUUGGCCUGGGUAAACCUGUAAAUGGGCUCUCAUUUCCCUCUAUGUACAAGCCACUGGAACCGUCCCUGAAAGUCAUGCGGACGGACAUUGGAGCGGCAUCGUUCUCUGUGUAUGGUGACCCAAAUGACUUGGACCCCUUCGAAAGUGCUCCUGAACCUGACACUUCAAGUGUUGGAUCCCUCCAGAGCAACAAGAGGAAGGUUCUUUCCCGCUCUGCCCUGCGAUCUCAUCGGCCAGUAGCCAGGCCCAUCUCUGUAAAACUCUCCAGGAAUGGACGACUUCCAGUUGAUGGGCAGGAAGCACAACCAGAAGCCACACCGGUACCAGAUGUGCUGGAAAGUAUCCUCGCUGGGCAGAAUGUUCUACUGAUGGAUAGCUCCAACAUUGUGAUCAACAGGGAUGGAUCACUAAGGGCAAAAGCUGCAUCAAGCCAACCUUCACUGUUACCAUCCAGUAGCAGCAGAACAGGCGAGACUUCCAGUGGCAGUUUAUCCACAAGUGCUCAUAACUCAGGGAACUCCACAAGUGGCCCGAAAGGGGAUUGGAAAACUGUUGGCUUGACUCCUACAAAGAAAUCUUCCUCAACUGCUUUUCCAUCAACAUCUGAUUUUCCCUCGAAUCUACGGCAGCAAACAGCUUCCGGCAACCUGCGACCUGCCUUUUCAGGGACGUUUACCCCCAUGCCUGAGGUAUCCUCUGGCCCCAGAACUGGAGAAUCUGCUUUUGUCACUGGUACGCAGCAGACAGGAGCACCUGGUAAAAGUGCAGGGGACAAUCAGAAGGGAACCAGUGGCUUCACGCCUUUCAGGUGGUUAAACAGUGCCUCGAACUUGCAUAUUAAAAACAACAUGGGCACAUUGAACCGGAUCCCACCCAAACCAGCUCUUAAGAGGCUUGAUAUAUCUGAAUUCCCUAGAAUACCAAAGAUCAAGAGUCAAACCAGUAGUAACACGCAAGGUAAUGGAAUACCUCCUGUAAACAAACUGGGGGGUGGUCACCAGAAUACUCAGGCUUCAGGGUCUACGGAGCCUGCAAAGAGUGGUGAAAGACCAUUCCAGGAAAGAUUUCAGUCUUCUCUUGCUCUAGGCUCAGCCAACACCUCUGGUGUUUUCCCAGGAAGGCUCCGAGGUCAGGACAUAGUUCCCAGCUCGUCUGCACAGAGUUGUGUAAAGUUGAUGAGUGGCGCGAGGUUGCCUAGCUUGGAUCCGUAUGACCCAUUUGAACCUACAGAUGAUGAAGUUCAACACUGUGGCAAAAAGGCCAACAAUUCGCCAUUGCCAACCAAUGUAAAAAGUGCAGAUGAUAUAUAUGAUCCUUUCGAACCCACGGGUUCUGACCCAAGUUCAUCUAAUUCCACCCCUGAGAGGAGAGAAUCAAAAUGUGAAGGUGAGUCUCCGGCUUCCAGCCCUGGCAAUGUGGUGUCAGUAGGAGAGGAACCCAGAGCAGACACAGUAAGCCUUUAUUUUCAUUCCGAUGCUGAACAAUCUGAACCUUGUAAAAUCAAAGCAGAAACCCCAGCCGAGGACCCCGAUGCUUACCAAUCUUUUACUAUACCCUCUUUGGACUCUGACUUGGAAGCUUCUUGUGGCUCUCAGGUUCCUUCUGAGGCCAAGGACGAGAUAUUGAGUGCAGAGUCUGGCACGAGCAAGUGGAAUAACGUGCACAAAAGCCAAAUGCAGUGCAGCUUUUCAGUGUCUGAAGAUGGACACAGGUCUGAGCAACAGCUAGUUAACACGGACAGUGAUGGUGUUUCUUCAUGUUCAUUUUCUGAUGAAGGGGCUUUGAAGGGCACUAACCAGACUGUUCCCACUGGAAUGAGAACUGAUGUAGAUAUCACUUCAGAAAAUGAGGUAAGAGACAGAGCUGAUAAAAAAGUCCACACUGAACCAAAGGCUCGCUCGAGGUCGAGAUCAAGUUCUCACAGCCGACGUAGAAGCAAGAAUUUGGUCCGCGAGAAUCAUGGGGGCUACAGAUCAAAGUCAAGGUCAAAGGAGCGGAAAAGGGUGAGAUCGCAUUCGAGAGAACGGCGGCGAUCGAAGUCCAGAUCACGGUCUCGGUCUAGCAGCUCUGAAAGGUACAGGAGACGGAAAGUGAAGCAGGAAAGGUGCAGGGAAAAGAGAGGACGUUCUAGAUCAAAAUCAAGAGAACGAAGAUCAGGUAGCUCAUCUUCUGAUGCAUCUACGGACAGCCGCAAGAAGUGGAGGAAAGUCUCCGGCUCAAAGGACCACAAGGGUUCUUACAAGCACUCCCGAAGCAGCAGCGAGAAAGGCAAGAGAAGGCAGUAUCGACGGGAACUGAGUCGAGAACAGUAUGAUAGGCGAAGGAGGCGCUCAACCUCCUGGUCAAGGGAGAGAAGGAGAUCGAGAUCCAGAGAUAAGAGAAAGCUAUGGCCUAAAUUUAGAGAGAAGACAAAGUCAUGGUCCAGAUCUAGUUCUAGAGAAAGGAGAUCGCGGUCUAGAUCCAGUUCACGGGAUAAGAGAAGGUCACGGACCAGAUCAAGUUCAAGGGAGAAACGAAGAUCUUUUAGAUAUAAAGGAAAACGAAGAUCAAGGACUCGAUCACGAUCCAAAGAGAGAAGGAAACCAAGGACUAGAUCAAGAACUCAUUCUCGGUCAAGGGAUCAGAGUAGAUCUAGGUCUAGAGAGAGAGGGUCACAGACAAAGUGGCAUGCCCCAGAAGUUGAAAGAAGACGGAAAUUUACUCAGGAGGAAGUAGCAUCUAAUGAGAAGGAUCAAGAGCAAAAGAGACCUUCACCCUCUGCCAGGCAUGAGUCUUUGGAGAAGAAUGCAGCAGUGCAGGAGCUUAUAAUUUCUUGUAGUGCUGAGGGCUCACAGGGUGGUAACAAUUUGUCUGUUGACCAGAAUUCUUCUCAUGUAAUAAAUGAGGAAUCAGUGGCACACAGUGAUCAAGUACAAGAAGAACCAGAGCAAAUGGAGCUUCCUGAACAAAGCAAAGAGUUCAUCUACCAAAGUGAGAACUUUGGAAAAGAUAAGGUGGAAAUUCCUGCUGUAGCUGAACCUCUUUGGGAAGGUUCGGACACACAGACAAGGCAAGCAGAAGCAGAAAUAAAAACUCCAAGUAUUUCCUCUGAGUCUGUUCACGUGGGGUGCCCAGUCGCAGGUGAGGUUUCUGGUUCCCGGAUUGAUCUCUGUCAAGAAAAGAAGAGUGCACCUUUGACAGUGGAUGACGAAGCCGUGAAGCCUGACGAUGAACUGUUUCCGCUGCCUCUUUCAGCUACAUCAGAUCCAACAUCUUUUGCUGAAGCUGACACUUUGAACUUUGCUAAACCAGCAAUACCUGUAGGUGUUAGACCAGUGAUACCUAUAGAUAUUAAACCUGUUAUACCUGUGGAUGUUACACCAAUAACUGUAGAUGUUAAACCAACGCUACCUGUAGACGUUAAACAAUGGAUACCCGUAGAUGUUAAACCAAUUAUAUCUGUAGAUGUUAAACCAUCAAUACCUGUAGAUGGUAAACCAACGCUACCUGUAGACGUUAAACCAUCGAUACCUGCAGACAUUAAACCAUCGAUACCCACAGACAUUAAACCAUCAAUACCUGCAGACGUUAAACCAUCUAUACCUGUAGACAUUAAACCAACGAUACCUGCAGAUGUUAAACCAUCGAUACCUGUAGACGUUAAACCAUCGAUACCGUUAGACGUUAAUCCAUCGAUACCUGUAGACGUUAAACCAACGAUACCUGCAGAUGUUAAACCCGUUGCAUGUGUUGAUGAUCAAAAAGUAUCUGUGGGCAUGAGUACAACUGAGCAUCCAAAAAGCUCUGUCCCUCCCAGUACUGAGACAGUAACCUCCUUCAAGAGUGAGCAGGUAGAGAACUUUGUGGCAGACGUGCGCUUGGAGAAGAAUGAACCAAGGCCAGAGGCAGUUUGCCCUGAUUCACACAGUGUAAUGAAGCAGGAGGAAGCACGGACUGCUACGGUUGGAAAUGAAUCAUGGGAGAAAAGGCUGGGGUCAAUGAAAACAGAGAGUGGUAACGAGUGUGGAUUGCCGUCGACAGAACCAGUGAAAAGAAAGGCAGAGACCGAAGCUGCUUCACAAAGCACUGGAGUGAAAACCAAGCCUCUUGUCAAGAGAGUAACUUGGAACUUGGAGACUGAGAAGGACGAGGCUCCCUCUGGAAGGCCUGCAAGGACUCCAAUGUCGUACAGGACACACAGAUACAACAAAGAAAGCAGCUGGAAACCUCCAGAAACAAGUCAACCAUCAAACCAAAUGCCAAUCUUCCAACCCCCUCCACCAAACUACAUGAUUCCUCCACCUGUUUUCCCUGGUCUGUUUCCACCGCAGGCUUUCAACCAACUCAACAUGCCACCUCCGUUCAUGCCGCCAUUCCCACCACUGCAUCCUCCACCCUACGCACCGGUCAGCCAGCCAGCCCCACCGUACAUCAUGCAGGGGAACAUCCCACUGAUCGGCUCCACUCCUGUGCCUCCGUUGCUCCCACAGCCCACCUACCAGGCUGGGACGGUUCCUGCUUCAACACCAGCUCCAGAAACACACGUGUCGCAAGUGGAAGGGAACCUGGAUGCCGAUAACAAAACCAGUGAGGACAAGACUCAGAACGAGAAUUAUAUAAAGAAAUUGCACGUGCAGGAGAGAGCUGUUGAAGAGGCAAAGUUAGCACUGAAGCCGUAUUACCAGAAUAAGGAGAUCACCAAAGAGGAGUACAAAGAGAUCCUGCGUAAAGCGGUACAGAAGAUCUGUCACAGCAAGAGUGGUGAAAUUAACCCAGUCAAGGUCGCUAACCUGGUGAAAGGUUACGUGGAGAAAUACAAACACAUUCGAAAGUACAAGAAGGGGGCAGAGGGAGAGCCCAGCAAAGAGACAGAUGCGAAGGCUGAGGAAAGCUGAAGGCAGCGAAGUCUGCUUGGACAGACGGUUCAUUGUGCAGUGUCUUUCCCGUAAAUGUGGAGGACGCUAACUGUAACUCCAACCAACCGCAGUGCCAUUGGCUGCAGCACCCAGACACUUUAAACUUAACGGUAUUGUCAGUCAAUGUGUAACCGCUCCCGAGAGAGAGGAAAUAAUCGGCCAGGAGAGCAGCUAGAACCUUCCUGCCUGCUUGGUUUUCUUGUACAAUAGAACAAAGUUUCACACACUGUGAUGAUCUUCCCAUGAAUCUGGUUUGUAGACAUUGCCUUUAGCAUAACGUUCCUUUGACUUAAAAUGGAUUGAAUACUUGAAAAGCUGUAUAGUCAGUCUGAUUUUGCCUGUAAAAGGUGAAAGUCUAAAUAACUCAAGUUUAUAAAACAUCAGUCCCUUUUCAAACAGUCUCCUCAUUCCUGGGUAAACCGUAACAUACUUCGGCUUCUCAAAAUCUGCUCUCAACUGCUUGUCAUAAAUCAUAAUUUAAAAGCCAUAAUUGCAUCUUUUAAUGCUGUAAAUAAUAUUUGAAAUUCAUUUGUUAGAGAAUUGGAGUGCUUUCUUUACCCAGUAAGAACAGUUCUGGGUUUGUGAUUAUAAAAAUGCAGUGUAAAUGGUUAUUAAUUCAUGCUGGGUGUAUUGUUUCUGUUUGCUUCAUGUCUGAACGAACUUUACUUAAAGCCCGUGUACUAACACCUACCGAGUUGUGGCAGGGUUCUCACCAUGUUCAGCACUUUUGUUGAUUGUCCAUCGUAUCCGAUUGUGACAGCAAAUCAAUGCGGGAAAGUUUUUAAAGUGGGAAAGCAGUUGGACUGGAGCAAUUCCCUUCUUUCGUCCUCAGAAAUCCGGCUCCAGUGGUACAAGUAGUCGUAACAAACUAGGGUCUUCUUUGGUUGCAGUGGAUGACUGUGAUGUCUUCUGUGCUUUGUCGUGCCCUUCACUGUCCACAAGGUGCUGCAGAACCACCUACCUGGUCGUUGGAUGUCACUGUGGAUCUCAUCCACCCAAUCUGCCAGAGCUGACUUCACAUACUGGGAUAGGCAUGUCCCUGUCUCACUGGCGUCCCUCACCUGGUUUAGCCCGCCUGUUGAAGUGGUAUACCAGAGUGUGGCCACUGUGGAGCCACCGGUAAGAGCUGAGUGUCGGUGGGGAACAAAGGUGAAUGAACUGCCCCAGAACAGACAAGAUAAGCCCCUUCGCCAAAAGCGCUACCCUUCCCAGGGCACUUCAUACAUUCCAGGUCUUAGUAACAAGGGAAUAUUCAGCAUCUCAGCUCUGCAACAAGACAGAAUCGAGACCUUCAGAUCGCUAAACUUGUGAAACAAGGUCAUGUGGGCGUGAGCAUGUUACACAGGCCAAUCCCUCAGACCCCACAAACCUGUUAUCCAAGGACCAGAAGAGGCCACUCAGGCCCUUGAUCUUGCUCUAGGAUUCAGAUAUUAUGUGAUGUGCACACCAGCUGUUUACAUGAGUUACCCUGAAGAUCCUGUUAGCAAAUCCUAUACUGAGUGUGGCCCUAAUAGUUUCCAUUGCCAGAAUCGGAC